UCCAAGAAACGGCAAGCAAUUCGCCUGUAUUCCUAAGGAUAAAAUGGCUUCAAAUUACACAUAUGAGAAAAGAUGGGCUGGUAUAAAAAGGAAUUAUGGUCCUGAAGAGGUAGAACGCCUUAGAGGAACUGUGAAGAUUGAAUACUCGCUUGCCAAGCGCGGGGCCGAUCGGCUUUGGGAAUAUAUAACAAGAGGAGGAGAUAGCUAUAUAAAUGCUCUUGGAGCAYUGACUGGUGGCCAAGCAAUCCAGAUGGCAAAGGCAGGUCUGAAAGCCAUAUACCUCAGUGGAUGGCAAGUAGCUGCUGAUGCAAAUGAUGCAGGMCAAACSUACCCUGAYCAAAGUCUAUAUCCAGCCCAYUCUGCUCCUAARUUAGUUCAGAGAAUUAACAAUGCUUUCAUGCGUGCUGACCAAAUAUCCCACAUGGAGGGAGAUGAUUCUACAGAUUUUUUUCUUCCCAUUGUUGCUGACUGUGAAGCUGGAUUUGGUGGUCCACUGAAUGCCUUUGAAAUUACUAAAAACAUGAUUGUUGCAGGAGCAGCUGGAGUUCAUUUUGAGGACCAACUUGCAUCAGAAAAGAAAUGUGGACACAUGGGAGGCAAAGUUCUUGUUCCCACAAUGCAGUUCAUCAAAGUCCUGAAUGCUGUACGCCUUGCCUCUGAUAUCAUGGAUGUACCACUUGUAAUCGUUGGAAGAACUGAUGCCAAUGCWGCAGCCCUUGUCACUUCAGACAUCGAUCCUUAUGACAGGCCGUUUCUGACCGGMGAGAGAACWCCAGAGGGUUUCUUUAGGGCCAAAGCWGGUCUUGACCAGGCUAUUGCUCGUGGCUUGGCUUAUGCUCCUUACUGUGAUGUCCUSUGGUGUGAAACAGGAAAACCAAAUUUAGAAGAAGCAAGGAAAUUUGCUAACGCAAUCCACAGUAAAUUCCCUGGAAAACCACUUGCAUAUAAYUGUUCUCCUUCUUUCAACUGGAAAGCAAACCUCUCYGAUGAUGAAAUUGCUGUUUUCCAGAAGGAACUUGGUAGACUUGGCUACAGAUUUCAGUUUGUAACACUUGCUGGUUUCCACAGUUUGAACCAUGCWAUGUUUAAACUUGCUCAUGACUACAAACGCAGAGGCAUGUCAGCAUACACCCAGAUCCAGGAAGAUGAAUUUAAACAGUCCAAAAAUGGCUUUACYGCCCACAAACACCAACGUGAAGUUGGAACCAGCUACUUUGAUUCYGUUGGAAUGGCCAUUAGUGGAGGCUUGAGUUCUACAAGUGCMAUGAAAGGUUCYACAGAAGAAGAACAGUUUGUGGCAAGAAGCACCUUUGCAAGUCUCAAGUCAAGUCUUUGAGACAACAAGAAACUCAAUAAUUUAAUGUUAAUGUCAAAGACUGUAACCUAUAUGUAAUAUUUAGGAAUAGUUGUAGCUAAAGUUAGAAAUGAUUACUAACUGUAACAGAUUCCUUCAGACAAAAGGGUGGYGAGAAGCAAUUYUGAACUGUGGUAAUUAAAUCCAWAAAAACCUMGGCAGACAAAACAAAUUGGAUGUUAGAAAUCAGUGUAAAUACUAAUGACUUYRCAAAAUGAAAGUUAGCUGGUAAAAAAAUGUGGACUAUAUACUAGCCUUUCUACAAGCAAUUUCUACUUUUGUUAGAAAACAAUAAUUUUUAAAAUAACAAAUUCUGUUGAGCCUGUAUACAGACCAUUAUUUCCCUGGUAAUAGCUGCGUUAUAGGCAAGUUCUGUCUUGAUUUAUAUUUUAUUAUARUCAUGGCAUAGUAUACAUGUACACUCACUGUUCAAUGAUUUAAUAGCAACCACCGCCUAUUGCCCUAAAACACUACUAAAUAAUAUCAAUGCUGGACAUGUGAUAUGUUAUCGCACAACAGGCAACUCUAGCAAUAUGCCAACCAAAAUAUAUUCAGUGUUCAAUCAUUUUUCUGUUCCUUGUUGCUUUAUAACUACUAAAAGUAUWUAUAUUUAUUAAAAAUUUCUAYGUGUAGGUUGAGUAYAAAUGAGCAGGAACUAYAAUACCUUAAUUCAUAGYAAUUUUUCUUGCAAAUACUAUUUGAUUAAUACACUUUCUUUGGUUGGCUUUAGUUUAAGUAGAUGCACUCUUUAACUGUAGUUCAUUAUUUAGYAUAUUUUCUUUUUAUUAUCUAUUGUAUUUGUUGCAGAAGUUWUAAUUUAAUAUUUGUUAUAAAAUAUGUUUUGUUUUUGCUGAAAUAUUGGUUUGAAUAAAAUUUGAUUUUYKUCAUAAA